AGGAAAGAUUUACAGUAAUUUAUGACUGUAGUGACGUUAACACUGGCGAAAACAAAAUAGAAAAAGCAGUGAAAGGAGUAAAAGGAGACAUUGAUUACAAAAAAGAAGUUAUUCAGAAAAUUCAAAAAUUUUUAGCGAAAAAUAUCUCGGCUGAACUUCACCAAGAACUUAAUCUAGCUUUUCAAAAGUGCUGCGAAUUAGAAAAAAUUCUCCCUGAACUAGAAAAAUUAGCCGGAGAAUGUGAGAGAGAAAGCCAAGCCUGCCGUGGAAAAUUUGUUCGCGAAAAAGGAGGACACGGAGAUGUUGAAUAUACCGAAGAAGAAGUUGAAAAACACCAUAAAGAAAUAAGAGAGCAUUUAGAAAAAAAACUAAAAGAAGAAAGAAAUAAUUUAAGUCCUUCUCAAAUAGAACGCUUAGAACAAAGACCAAAAUUAUAUAAUGAAUGA